UUAGAAAUAAUCUAAUUGAAAAAUCAAAUGAAAUCGCAUCAAAUGGUGAUUUUGGGUCAGAAUUAAAAAGAUAUUAUUCACAAAUUUCAACUUCAUUAAAAACUCACUUCAAUUAUAUAAUUAGACCAAUGGAGGAAUUGACAGCAGAAUAUCUACAAUUGAAGAAAGAUGUUGACGAAUAUAAGAAAGUGGAAGAAUUCCUUUCAAACACAUUCCCAAAAACAAAAAGAUAUAUACCAACAUCAUCAAAUCUUUCAAAAUAUUCAUUAAAAUCACAAUUAUCUGCAUUUGAAGAACACUUUAAACAAUUAAAGAUACCAGGUUACGAUGAUCAAUUAUCAAUUCAAUCAAUUAAAUUCAUUAAAUAUUUUGUAGUUUUAGAAUCAAACUUUUUUAAAAUUGUUUUCAAUUACCACAAAGAUAAACAAACAUCAUUGAAUGAAAUUUGUAAAAUCACAGAACAAUUUUUAAAGAGUCUACCACAAAUGAAUAAAAAUGGUACUUUUAAUUGUGAAUUAUUUAAAUUACUUUCAAAAAAUACCUCCAAUCUUAGAGAUGAGAUCGAUAUCCUUUGUAAUUAUACUCAAGUUGGACAAACAUUAAAAGUUGAUGAUUUUAAAAAAUACAUUGAAGAAUUAAUUUCAAUUUUCAGUUUUCAAAGUAAUUAUCAAUCAAUUUUAAAUUUCUUUGAAAAGAAUUCAUUCAUUAAAAUUGAUAACCUUAGAAAGUCAAGAACAGAAAUCGACGAACUUUUCAAUGGUAUUAGAAAUAAAAAUGAAAUUAAUUAUAAUGAUUCAGUUUCAACAAAAAGAGAUAUUCAUUUAAAGAUUGGUAAUUUAGAAUAUCAUCAUAUACCAUUCUUUUCAGUGAUCGAAAUGGAAUUAAUUCAAUUUUAUGCAGAUUUUAAAGAUGAAAAAGAUUUCCGUGACAAAACCACAUUAAUUUCUGAAAAUUGUAUCGAAUCAUUAAGUUCAAGUCUUAUGGAUUAUGCAUUAAGAUUAGUAACCGUUUUAAGUCCAGUCGUAUUAGAUUUCAAAGAUAAAACAAAUAAAACACAUUCAUUUACAGAUUAUUGUUCAAAAAUGCGUGCAUUAUUACCAAAUUCUCAAAAAGAUAGUGAAGAUCUUUUAAUUAAAAUGAGAUCACUUCAAGAGAAUAUUCCACAUUUAAAGUCAUUGUAUAGUGGUGCUGGUGGUGUCGUUACAUUACCAAGAUUGGCCGAUAUUAUUCGUAAAUCAACAUUUAUCUCAACAAUUAAAAAUGGUAUGGUUAGUUGGUCAAUUAAAGUUGGUAAAUUUGAAUAUAAUCAAGAAAUUCUUGAAGAUACAGUUCGUGGUUUAAAAUUAAAUUCAAGUGAAAUCAAAGAACAAUCACAAAUUCAAACAUUUCAAGAUUAUCAAACUUUACAUACAUCAUUAAAAUCAAUUCAUCAAAGUCAUUUUGAAUUAGUUAAAAUGUUUCAUCAUGAAUUUUUAAAUGGUAUUUUAGAAAUUGAUAUUAAUCAAGUAUUGGAAUUUGUUGAAAAUGAAAAUGAAAAAUUAAAAACCAAAAUUUAUGAAUGGAAACAAUUAAUUCAAUCUUUUUCAAAUAGAAUUAGAUUAUUAAGAAAUCAACAUAUUUCUUCAUUAUUCACUAAAAUUACUAAAUAUUUAGCUGAUCAUAUUAAUAAACAAUUUGAUCCAUCGGAAUUAACAAAUUUAAUUCAACAUUAUAUCAAAUUUUGUUAUUCGCAAUCAAAUAAAAUCAAAUUAAUCGAUCAAGUUGUUCAAACAUUUUUAGACAUUACACCGGAUUUAAAAGAAUAUUCAGUCGAAGAAUUUAUUACAGCACUAUUCGAGUCGUUUGAUGAAUCAUUUGAUGAUGAUAAUAUUGAAUACUGUCAGGCUGACAAUGGUCCAAAGUAUUUACAAUUGAAUAAAGAUCAAAUAAAGCUUUUGGAUUUAUAUUUAAUGGAGUUAAAUAGUUCAACUUUACCAAAACCAAAUCAAAUAUUCUAUGGUCAAAACUUUUUUAAUGAAAGUGAAGAUUUCUUUCAUUUGAUUGAAAAUGUAAGAGAUCGUCCAUUCUUUUUAAUUGGUUUACCUAAUAAAAAAGAAUCACUUUUACAUUGGUUAUCCGAACAUUAUUCAAAUGACACAUUAAAAACAUUAUCUAGAGUUUAUAUUAUAUCUUUAGAAUCAACACCAUCUGAUACAAUCAGUGAUUUCUUAGAUAAAUAUGAAGAAGAAUUGUCAGUUAAAUGGUUAGAUAUAAAAUUAUUAUAUGAAGUAAACUUGGUCAAAGGUGAAUAUUCCACUGGUAAAACUCUUUACAUUAAUUCAUUAAAGGAUUCUUGUGAAUUUAAUUAUACUUUACUUGUCAGACCAUCAACAGAUUAUUUAAGAUUAUUUAAUUAUUUUAAAGAUCUUGUUAUCAAGAAAACGAAACGUAGCGUUUUAUUACAUAUCAAUGUUUCACCCUACUCAAAUUGUUUAUUGUUAUACUCAUUCAUUUAUCCACUAAUUACAUAUGGCUUUAUUUGUAAUCAAGAAACUGGUGAUAUUAUAAACAUUUCCGAUAUUAUCAAUCUUAAUAUUUAUAUGGAAAUUGGAACACAACUUAAAGUAGCAACUCAUGGUGAUCCAGAACUUUAUUUAUCAUUGGUUUAUAAUAAAUCUAAAAAAGUUGAUUACACAAUUCCAUGGUCAUUUGGUAAAGAAGAAUUAUUAUGUUUAACUUAUUCACAAGCAUGUACAAUUAAUAAUAAAUUCCCCGUUAAUGCUCCAACAAUAAUUCAAGCAGAUCCAAAUUUAAAAUUAAACUUAUUAUUUGACCAUAUUCAAUCAAUUGUUGGUAAAAAUGUUUCAAUUGAAUAUCUUAAAAAUGAUAAAUACAAAAAGUUCUUAAAGAAUUUUAUAUUUUUGUUGUUUGAACGUUUAUUGUAUCUUCAACAAUAUUUCCUAUUCUUUAGAGAUUCUGAAUUACAAUUGAAAAUGGUAAAACUGAUAAAACAAAUAGAUCAAGGUGUUUUAAUUAAACCAGAACAACUUUAUCAAUAUUUCGUCACCGAAGCAGUUCAUUUAGCAAAUCCAAAUCUUUGUAGUACAAAAGAUAUUUGGAAAAAUCCACCAUUAAUCAUUUCAAGAUCAUUAGAUCUUUUUCCAGAUGAAAAUGGAAGAAUGAUUCCAAAUUGUCAAUUAAGCUUUAUUGAUUUUAGAAAAGAUAAUGUGUUAACACAAGAUCAAGCUAAUACAAUUUUCACAUUGGAGAAUGCAUUAAAAGAUAAAGCUAAAUUUUAUUCUACCAUUGCUCAAAAUUUCCAAAUCACAGAUCGUACAUAUUUAGUUUCAGAUUUAUCAAAUCAAUAUAACUAUAUUUUAACAUUAGAUCUUUCAUUAAGAUUAUUAAUUUUACAUGAAAAAAUCAAGAAUCAAAGAUCUUUAAUAUUAACUGGUGAUACUGGUGUUGGUAAAACUUAUAUUUUAUUAUUUUAUUCAGCAAUUGUAAAUGCAAGAUUUAACGUUUUACCAAACAUAUUAUUCGAUUUAAAAAAUUUAUUCGAUAAAUUAAUGAAAAAAUAUCCAAAGGAAUUUGAAAAUUAUAAAAUCGAAUCAGAGGUUGGAGAUUUCAUCAGUGUUUCAAAUAAAAUCGCUGAUAUUGACGUUAAAGCAUCAAAUGAUCUUUUUAUUGAAUUAACCACAUUUUCAAGAGAAAUUUUAAAGAAUAAAUUGAUCAAUAAAACAAAUUCAUUUGAUUGGGUUCAAAAGAAUAUUGUUGAUUCAAAAGAAAGAAUGGAGAAUAUAUUAAGAGAACUUUGUUCAAUUAAAUUCCGUCGUCUCUUUGAAAGAAUUAUUAUGCAUGCAAAAUAUGGUGCAUUGGAAUUAAAAGCAAAGGUUAGAGAUUUAGAAGAAUGUGCAAAAGAAUUAUAUGCAAUCAAUAGUUCUUUAAGAAUGGUUGUUUUUAUUGAUGAAUUUAAUACAAGUCCAGAUGAAUCAUUGGCUUUAAUCAAUGAAUUAUUUUUAGAUGGUACAUUAGAUGGUGAACGAUUAUCAGUAGAUAAUAUUACAUGGGUUGGUGCAAUGAAUCCAAAAAAUAAUGCAAAAGAGAAAGAUGAUAAAAUUGAUUCAUCAAAUAAAGUAUUGAAUUUCACAGGUCAAGAAACUGAAACAUCAAUCCAAGCAUUCAUUGUCAAAGAUGUUACACCAUCAAUGGAACAAUUAUUCUUUGAUUUUGGUACAUUUAAUACUGAUAGUGAAAAGAUAUUUGUAAAAACCUUAUUUAGUAAAUUGAUUAAAGAUAAAAAAUUAGAGAGUGGUUAUGCAGGUCAUCUUCAAGAAUGUAUAUUAAUUGGUCAACAGUUUUUAAGGGAUGUAGGUCAACAUAGAACACAUGUUUCAAUUAGAGAUAUCGAUAGAGCUGUUGAUCUUUAUAAUUUCUUUAAUAAUGAUCCUUGUGGUAAAGCAAUUAUUAAUUGUGGUUCACGUGCUGGUUAUGAGGAUUUAGAAUUCCAUUGGCACGCAAUUGCUGUAUCAAUGUAUUUAACCUACAUUUUAAGAUUAAGUCCAGAUUUAAAAAAUAAAAGAGAAGAAUUAAUUCAACAAUUUAAUGAUUACCUUUCAUCAGCUGAAGAACCAAAAAAUUUGUCUAUUAAAUCUUUUGGUUUAAUUUUUAAAUCAAAAUAUGAAAAUCUUUGUAAACAAUAUACUCAAUUACCAGAAGGUAUUGCUUUAACACAAUCUUUAAUGUUAAAUAUCUUUUGUACAUUGGUUGCAAUUAAUACAUCGAUUCCAUUAUGUAUUGUUGGUCCACCAGGUUGUAGUAAAACACUAUCAUUCUCAAUUAUUAUGGAUAAUAUUAAAUUACCAAAAAAUCAAUUAAAUGAUUCAAAUCCAUAUUACCAUAUACCAUCAUCAGAAUCAUUCAGAUAUCAGUGCACUGAACAUACAUCAGAUAUUGAAAUUAAAUCAAAAUUUGAAAAAGCAAUCAAAAGAGAAAAUGAAUUGAAAUCUGAUAAAAAUAAACAUAAAUGUGUUGUAUUCAUUGAUGAAGCAGGUUUAGUAGAUGAAACAAAAUCACCAAUGAAAGUAUUGCAUGAUUAUUUAGAUCGUCUUAGUAAUAAAUUAGGUGAAUCAAGUGAUAAUAUUGGUACUGUUAUUCUAUCGAAUAAAAUCCUUGACGCUGCGAUAACCAAUCGUAUGAUGGUAUUAUUCCAUCCUGAAACAUUGUCUGAAGAUGAUGAGAAAGCAUUGGUAAUUGGUUGUUUAUUCAAUAACAAACAGUUAGAUAAAAAAGAAUCAAAAAUUUGUGAAGCAUUAUGUAUUUCCUAUAAAAAUGUAAACAAAUAUUCAACAUCAACCAAAGAAAAUUUAUUCCAUCAACGUGAUUUUGUUUAUUUCUUACGUUUCUUAAGACGUCAAUACAUUGUAAAUAGUAAGAGUUUAGCAGAAGCAUUAUUAGAAUCAUUAGAAAGAAACUUUAAAGGUAUUUCACAAAAAGAUUUCCAACUUUUAGCAAAAAUGUUUUUCUCUCAAUUUGAAGCUUCACAAAUUAAAAUAGAAACCCCAAAAUCUUUAGAGUACGAUAAUACAAUUAAUAAUAUUAAAUCAGCAUUAAAUGAAAAAAUGGAUACAAAUCAAAACCCAAAUACAUUAUCAUUCAGAUAUAUCAUGGUUAUUGACCCAUCUGAAAAUGGUUCAUCAUUACAAAUUUUAAAUGAAAUUGAAUUAGAAACAACACCAGUAUUAAUUAGAGUAGGUGGAUUUGAACAAGAUACAACCGAGGAGAAAUUAGUAGAAUGUGUUAGUAAAAUCAAAGCAUCAAUGGCAAAGGGUGAUACUGUCAUUUUAGUUAAUAGUGAAAAAAUUGAUUCAUGUUUUUAUGAAGUUUUUAAUCGUUAUUAUACAACAUUACAUUCAAAUAAUAGUAAAGAUAGUCGUGACUUUUUAUCAAACAUCAGUUUUGGUACACAUUCAAGUUAUUGCAAAGUUCAUCCAGACUUUAAAAUUAUAAUUCAUAUGCCGCUCUCAAGAUUAAAACGUACUCAAUUACCAUGGUUAAAUAGAUUUGAAAAGUAUCAAUUAUCAAUUGAUUUAUUAACUAAAGAAAUUGUUAAUAAAAAUGAUUCAAAAUUGACCCACUAUGAAAAGAUUUCUCAUUGUGCCGAUCAUUUCAUUUCAAAUAUUCAUUUCAAUGGUUCAAAUGGUUCAAUAUUAACUGGAUUUACAAAUGAAACAAAAUCAUCAGUUAUUUAUAAAUUCUUCAAAUCAUUUGAAUAUUUUGAAAGUGAUAAUGUUGAUGAAUCUGGAAAUCAAAAGUUUGAAUUUUAUAAAUCAAAUCAAACAUUAGAAGAUCAAACUAAAGUAAAUUUCAAAUUUUUACAAAUUGCAAGACCAGAAUGUGUUAUUAAAAAUAUUGACUCUUUCCCCAUUAAAUAUGUUGAAGAGUAUUUCUUAAAUCAAGAACAUUUCAGUAUCGUUAGAUUUUUAAGAAAUUUAUUUGAAUCAAAAUAUUUACAUAAUGAAACUGUAUCAAAUAAAUGGACAAUUUUCACAAGAUCAUCAUUAGCAUUAUCGUCACUCAAAGAUUCUGAAAUUAAUAAAAUUUUAUCAAAUUCAUUAUCUGAUAAUAUUAUAUCACCAAAAUCAAUUAAAGUUUUACAAUUAAACUUUAUUAGAUCAAGUAUUGAUUGUGAGAAAAUUGUAAACUCAUUCCAAGAAUCAGAUGAAGAGUUAAUUUUAAUUGUUGUUGCUGAUAUGGUAACAUGUAAUCAAAAUCAAGUUACCUAUAUCUUUGAAUUAUUAACAAAGUUAAAUAGAAACAAAUUCUUAAUAACAAUUUAUCACUAUCCAGCAGAAUAUUCAAUUUCAAAUCAAAUUCAAUUAAAUUCAAUUUUCCUUUGUGAUAUGGAGUUUAUUUAUAUAGAUUCAAUUGGUAUAGCAUUUGAAAAAUCAAUUAAUAAUUCAGAGUUUUCAAUUGAGAGUGAUAUUAGAGAUUUAAUAUCGAGAUCAUGUGGUAUUACAAAAUCACAAGUAAAUAAAAGAUCAGUUGAAGAAAUUGUUAAAGGAAUGUUUUUUGAACAGUUAAAAUCUAUCUCAAAUCAAUUGGUUGCACCAACCAUUUCAUUCAAUUAUAGAAAUUGUAUUCAUCCAUUUUAUAAACAAACUAAUAUCAGAUUUGAAAUUUUGGAAAAAUUAUUCAAAAAUAACUAUGAUUUGUAUGAAUCAUUUGUUGUUAAUUUCACAUCUCAUUGGUUAGAAAAUAAUCUAUUUGAUAAAAUUUUAUUAAACAUUGCAGAUUUAAUUAUUUGUGGUAAAGAAUCUCAUUCAAUACUCGAAACAAUUAAAAGUUCGAUGGUCAAUUAUGUCUAUCCAACAAUUUCAAAUAUUGUUAAAAUCGUUACAAAUUAUUAUUCAAUUGGCCAAUUGAUUGAAAUUGAUGAAAAAAUAAAUAGUGUAGGUGAUGUUGAUCAAGAAGAAUUAGAAUUAUUCAAAUUAAAAAAAGAAUUAGUUAAAAAAUUAAUAGAAUCAUCUAAAUUACCAUAUUUCUCUGAAAUUCAAAUUGAUAGAAGAUUAGAACCAAUUAAAUUAAAAUUAUCAAAAAUACCAAAACCAUCAUUAAUUCCAUUAUAUGAUCAUUUUGAUGCUCAAUUCUCAAUUCUAUUUAGUAAUGUAAUUAAUCAAUCAAAAGUAAAAUCAAAGAAAUUCAUCUACAGUUCAAUGAAAACCAUCAUCAAUGGUCAUCCACUCGAAGGAUAUAUUAAAACUAUUUCAGAUUCAGAACAACUAUUUGAACUAUUCCAAAAAGAUUUUAUUGUCAGAUCAUUAGGUAUUAAAGAAGAAUUAGUUGAUUUAUUUAUUUCAAUUUUAGAUCAACUUUUACCAAUUGAAAUUUCAAAAAAAGAUAAUUUCAAUAAGAUUUUACAAUAUUGGAUACUUAAAAACUUUAAAUCAAAUAUAUUUUUAUUUUUGAAAAACAUUAUAAAUCCAAUUUUAAAUUUACAAAAUGAUAAUUCAAAUGUUUUAAAUAGUUUAUAUAGUGUUAUCAAUGAUAAUAAUAGUGGUUUGUUAGAUGGUAAUGUUGAAAAAUUAAAAGCAUUCUUCAUUAAAAUAACAAUCGAUAUUUUAAUAAAACAAAUCAAUGCAAUUGCUGAUGCUGAUGCUGAAUUUGUUAAUCAAGGUGAUAUAGAAGUAUGGUUUAAAGUAGUUAAAGAUUUAUUCAACAAAAUUAAAAUUGAAGAAAUGAUUAAAACCACAAAGCAAAAUGUUAAUCACUUAUUUGAUGAAAACUCAGAGGUAUUAAAUGUAGCCUAUCUUCAUAAUUGCUAUCAAAUUGUUUUAGAAUUAUUAAUUUUAAAUCCUUCAAAUGAAAACUUUACAAAAUUACUUAAAAAUUAUUUAAGAAGUUUCAAUACUUUAGAUAUUUAUCAAAUAAUUGAUUCAUUCAAUAAAAUAAAACAAGAAGGUAUACAAUUAUCAAUCCAUGUCUUAUUGGAAUUGAUUAAACCAAUUAUUACAUUCAAUGAUGAAAAUUUAAAACGAUUUAUAGUUUUAAUUAAUCAAAAUGAAUUACCAAUUUCAUGGUGCGCAACUAUAAUAAAAGAUUUAUUCAAAUCAAGAAAUAGUAGAGUAACAAUUGAAAAAUAUAUAAAUUCAAACACAGAUAACCCAAAAAACAAAAUUAUUACAUCUGGUCCUAUUCCAACAAUUUUAGAUAUUAAAGAUAAAAUAGCAGUAUUAAUUCCAACAAGUUAUAAUUUAAAGGAUCAAGAUAUUGAUGAUAUAUCAAAAAACGAUAUAAUUAUUGAUAUUUUAUUCAAUGUUUAUUUUGAAGAAUUUAGUAAUCAAUAUAAAAGAGAUGGAAUUCAAAGCUUAUAUUCUAAAAUAUUAUCUCUUCAAGAAGAUCAAUCAAAAUCAAAAUUAAAUUUAAUUGAGAGAAUUAAAUUAUCAUCAUAUUCAAUUGUUUUUAUUCAUUAUUUAUCUGAACAUUUUAAACAAAACAAUGAUGAUUUCGAACCAAAAUUAUUAUCAGUAUUGAAUAACUCUUCAAAACAAAUCAAAGAUAUCUUUAAUAGAAUUUUUAAUAAUAACAAUCAAAUAAUUCAAUCAAUAAUAUAUCAAUUUAGUUUCUUUAGUAUGAUUACAAAUGAAACAAAUUUAUUAAAAUUAUUUAAAUCUCAAGAUUUAUUAAAUUUAAUUGGUAUUUCAAAUUAUUUCAAUUCAUUUACACUUCCUCCAACUAUUAAAAAUGAAUUUUAUAAUUUACCAUUUGAAUAUGAUAUUUCACUAGAAGAAUAUCAAAUAUUCAUUGAUGUUGAAAGAUCAAUUCAAUCAUUAUCCAUUGAUCAGUUUAGAGUAAUAAUAAUGAAUGAAAAAUAUAACAAUCCAAAAUCAAAAGGUCUAUUUAGAAUGAUACUAUUUAUAUUAUCAUAUAAAUUCUAUUUAGAUGAUACAAUUUCAAACUAUCUAUCAAUGUCGCCAUAUUUAGAUUGUUACCUUAAAAUUUUGCAAGCUAACUUCAAUGAUCAAUAUCAUAUCGAUAAAAUAUUAAAAACACCAGUAAACGAACAAAAAGCCCAAAGCGUCAUUAUUAUUAAUUUUAUUGCUCUAUCAAUUGGUUCAGAUUCAACUCAUUUAUCAUUAUUCCUACGUUCAAAACAACCAAAUGAUCCAAUUGAUCCAUUGUUAGUUAAUAUUGGAAUAAGUAAAACAUUCCCACCUGGAGUUGCAUUAAUUGAUUGUAAUGUUAAAACUGUUAAUGGUAUGACAAGAAAUUUAGAUUUCAACAUAUUAGUAUCAUCAACAUGGUGUGUUAUUGCUUUUGCAUGUUCAGUUAGAAAUUUACCAUACUCCUAUUUCACAAGUGAUCUCCAUUUCAUUAAUGUACCACAAGAUUACGAUAAUUCAUCAGAUUAUACAUUCGCAAGAGGUUUAAAUUCGAUUUUAGAAAUUGAAAUUGAUAAAUCCUUAUCAUCAUCUUUAAUUGAGCCAUAUACUUUCAUUUCAUUCAUUACAUUUAGAAUCUGGUCAGAAUCAUAUAAUCCAACAAGCCAAAUGAUCUCAAGUUAUAAUGCAACAAAUGUUAAAACCUAUACAACUAAAAUCAAUGAAAUUAUUGCAUCUAUUAAAAAUGAUUUUAAUCAAUAUAAAUUAAAAAUCAACAACCAAAUUUGCCAAUCCUCAAUUCAAUAUGAAAAUCUUUUCAAUAUUCGUCAAUUAUAUUCAAAAACCAAUCAAUCAUUAUUAUUAACAAAUGAACAAAUUCAAGGAAUGAUUGCAUCAAAAGAUGAUGGCUAUUCACCAAUUAAAAAGUUUAUAGCAGAAAUUGAUAAUAUUUGUUUGUCAAAAUAUUUCCUUACAAUCAUAAAAUUCUUGGAUUUAUUUUAUAAACUUUUUUCAAAUAAAUUACCAGAAGAGUAUUCAGUUAAAUCAGUUUUGGAUUGUGUAGACUAUUUAAUUGAAAAUAAAUUCGAAACUGAAGAAUCAACUGCUGAACUUUUAGUUGUUUAUGAUCAAUUAAUUGAAUGCUGGAUAACAAUAAAAGAAAAAUAUUCAAUUGAUGUUUGUCAGAGAGCAUUGAAUGUUGAAAAAAUUAUUCCAGAUAUUAUUAGAGAUGAAACUCCAAUUAUUACAUUAAUUUCUGAUGGAAAAUCAAUUGGUUGGUUAAAAAAUGUAAUCGAUAAAUGGUUAGAAAAUACUCAAGGUGCACUUGUCAAUUCAUGUUUAACCAAUGAUAAAUUAUCACCAGUUAUAAAAUCAAUUAUGGAAUCCUUUGCAAAUGAUAAUGCUAACAAAAUUGAUAUAGCUAAUAUUCCAUUAGGUAUUGUCGAUGAAAAUGUAUUAUUAGGUUCAACUUAUUCACCAGAUGAUUUUUAUCAAUAUUGUCAAUUACAAAUUUCAAAGUAUUUCUCAUAUGAUAAAAAUGAAUAUGAAGAGAAUAUUAAUUGGGAUUCAAUUUUUAAUAAUUUAACCAUUUCAUUCAUUUAUGGUAAAGUUAUUCAAAAUCAAUUACAAGCUUAUAAUAAUUUCUCAUAUCUUCAAUCAAUUGGUGGAACAAAUGAUCCAGAAUUGUUAAAUUCAACCAAUACAUUAUCUGAACCAGAAUUUAUUAAAGAAUUAAAAGAUAUUGUAUUGAAAGUUUCAAAACUAAUAAGAAGCAGAGAUGAUUUGGAAAGAAGUAUUGAAAUUAGAUUAAGAACUAAAUGUAAAUCAAAAUUGAACCAAUAUCAAUUAGAAGCAAUUGGUAGAUACUUAAUUGGUUUAUUCAUUAAAAUUAAUAAUUGUGAUGAUGUUGCUCAAAUUAGUGAAUCAAUACUUGUUGAUUACUAUCCAGUAGAUGAAUCAAUUAAAUUAGAUCAAAGUAUUAGAGAAAUUUUACCACAUGUCAGAAUUAAACAAUCAAUAGCUUUUGCUAAAAUAUUCAUUAGUACUUAUUCAGGAUUUAGAUAUUAUUAUUCAAAUAUUAUGGCAGAUCCAGUUGAAACAAAUCCAAGAUUUUAUGAACAAAUUCAACUUAUUAAAGAUAAAAUAUUAAAAGAAUGUGAUGAAUCAUCCAUUCAAUUAAAUGGUGAGAAAAAGAUUUCAAAGGUUGAAUUGAACAAAAUUAAAAUUAUUAAAAUUAAUUCAUGGAUUGAAUAUUUAACCCAAGUUAUACAAAUUAUUUGCAGCACUGAUUCAAAGAAAUAUAUUAGUCAUUCACAACCAGAUCAUAGAUUAAUUAAAUUAUUUGUAAAACUAUCAUUAAAUGAAAAACCAUCACCAAGUGAUAAAUUUAAUAUUUUCAAAGAAGUUAAAGAAGAAACUCCAUUUAAUUAUUUCGCAAUUUUUAUGGGUAUUUUACAAGAUACAUUAUCACAUCUUUAUAUUAAAUUAGAUAGUAAAGAAACUACAAAUAAUAAAAUUGUGGAAUUCCAAGAACUUACCGAAAAGGAUUUAGAGAAUAUAAUUGUAAAAAAAUUACCACCACCAAAGAAAACCAAAACCAGACCAAACAAAAACAAAAAAAUCAUUAAUCAUGAUCAAGUAAAAAUAGAAGCAGCCGUAAUUCAACGUGAAGAAUUUGUUACCAAAGAUGUUGUACUCAAGGAACCUGAAGAAGAAAAAGAAAACAAUGAAGAAAUUGAAGAAUCAUUAUCAAUUGGUAGAAAAUUAAUAUCAAAAGGUCCUAAAUUCUUAGUUAGCAUUUUCAAUUUAAUCAGAUUCAAUAAAUUGGACCAAAUAUUAAAAAUCAAUGACCCAAGUUCAACUCUUUAUUUCCAUGUUGAAGACUUUAAAAGAGAAAUUAAUGAAAAAUCAAAAACUCCAUUCAAUAUAGAUCCAUUCUUUGAAAUACUUAAAGAACAUAGUUCAGAAUUAAAAAAAGCCGUUCAUGAUGAUGAUUCCUGUACACCAUAUAAUGUUCUUUACCAAAUUUUACAUAUUUUUAAUUCUGAUAAUAAAGGUUCAACAAUCGCAAAUGAUUUAUUCGAUGGUAAAACUAAAUAUGUAUGCACAAAUUGUAACCAACCAACAAAAGAAUCAAUUAAAAUUAAUUUUAAUUUUAACUUUAAUGUCGAAGAAAUUUCACUUGAAGAUGAUAUAAUUUCAAAUAUAUUCCAAGGUUUAGAAUUUUCUGGUUUUCAAAAAUGUAAUAAAUGUAAAAGAGAUACACCUCAUAGUAAAUAUUUAGUAACUUCACCAGAUUGUUUGGUUAUUGAAUUAAAUAGAAACUAUGAUAAUGCUGUCUCUUAUCGUAGAUUCCAUAAUCCAAUUGAAAUUAUAAUUGGUGAUGUUUUUUAUAAAAAUUGUGAUAUUAAAUAUACCCAUCAUUCAACAAUCAUGAUUGAUAAUUCAAUUAAUAUUAGUACAGGCAAUAUGAAUGAAAGUAAAAAAAUCAAAUCCACAGCUGAUUCAUGUUUCUCUUAUAUCGAUAAAGAUGAAUGUUAUAAAGAAGAACAAUUAACAUCACAUUUAUUAAUUUAUAAAAAAUCCAAUUUAGAUACUCCAGGUGAUGAUCAAGAUGAAAAUCAAAAUGGUGAUGGUGAUGAUGACAAAGGUAAUAAUUCAACUUUAGAAAUUGAUGAUAAUGAUGAUAAUACUAAAAAUAACAACAAUAUUGUAAUUCCACCAUUGGAUUUUUCAAACUCAUGUGGAUUAACAAAAGAUGAUGUCAUUAAAUAUCAUAAUGAUAAAUUUUUUGUUUGGGUCAAUACAUUACCGUUAAAUCCAGUGCAUUUGGUUGAAAUGAUUGAUGGUUUAUCGGAGCAACUAAUUGUAAAGUUUGAUGACGCUUUCGGUUUAGAUGAUGAUGGUUGGAAUAAUGUAAUCCCAAUAUUUAAAAUUAGAAAAAUAUUUUUAGAUUAUUUGAAUAAAUUUAAUUAA